CUUUUUUCAUGGAUUUUAAUGAGAACACACAUGUAUAACUGUCAGAGAAGUACAAUUAAAAUCGAUACAGGGGAUAAGAAUCUUUCUUUAAGAUUUCUUUACUGACAAUCCAUCUAUUUUUACCCGAAGAAAUUAACAUGAACAAAAACCAAUUUUCACCUUUAUAAUCAGGGUACUUAUUAUGCGCGUAUAAUUUGUGUAUUGAAACCUAAGACAGUAGAAGGGACGUUCCAAAGAAAAAAUGGACUUUUAUAAUUUUAGUAUCUGGGGCGAAAUGUGAUGGAAUUAGAAACUGGAUGAGACAAAGUAUAGAUCUAACCACCAUUUUCACUAAAAUCAAAACAAGAACCCCAACCCCGCCAGCGCCUAUGAACCGCUUAUUGAAAAUUGAAUAGAAAACUAUUUGUGAUCUUUAAAAGAUGGAGAGUUUUGUCUUCUUUGAUUAAGCAGAAUAUUCUUGCUAUUGCAGUCGAAUCCUUUACUAUACCUCCAUGAAUAUGUAUGUGUACAUCACUAAAGGUAAAAAUAUAAACGUUUUUUUCAUAAUACAAGUAAAGCAGAAAUACUGAAAACAACAUGCCUAGUAUACAUUCACGGGUUUUUAUCCGACAAAAGAUGCGUGUGGAAGUGGAAUAAAAACAAUCCAACGGUGUGGAAAUUCAGUGAUCAGUGUGCGUCUCCUUAAAACUGCAUUCAGUUGUUAUCUCGUUUCCAUCAACAUUCAAAUCUGCAACGACUCUGUCCUGUUAUAUAAAUUUAUAAAACAACAUAACAGGCAUGAGCACUCAGGAGUCAGAAGGAGGGGAAGACAACUAUGAAAUUCUCAGGAAAUGCUUUAAAAAGCCGUGUACCACUUUGUUACGCAAAAUUUUACUAAAGCGAUUUAAUAGAUGGGAUGAUAUUGUAAGAGCAAUUCCAUUGGAACAAGUUUCAGAUCAAACAAAAACUGCUUUGGAAAAAAAGAGCAAAAUAAAAAGCUUACAUUUCAAAGUCCUCUGUGAUAUUUUUCAAUCUGGUGUGUGCAAUGGUUUUCUCGGUCCUCCUGCGAUUGGAUGGCUGUCUCCAGAGGAGGAGACUGAAGAAGUUCCAUCGGGAAAUGAUAGUGUUACAGACGAUAUAAUCAGGAUAUGGAAACUGUGGCAACUGCAUAUUGAAAACAAUCCAGAUGAAACAGUCACUGAUAACGAAUUCAAUAAAGCAUUGACUAUUUUGUUGGACAUAGGAAAACGAUUAAGUAGUAAUGAAGAUUUUAUGGAGCUUGGUUGUAAGUUCACCAAAGAAAUUUGCUCCGCAUGCAAGAACAAUGCUGGUGGCCCUUAGGCUGAUGCUAUUCAAGCGGGAGAUAAUAACACGAUGGAAAUACAUACCUCGGGCUCUGUAUGUGUGAAUUUAGCACAGGGUGGAAGUAAUAACAAAGUCAUUUUUUACCAUUUACGCGACAACCGCCCUUCUUAUGUAGAGUACAACGCAACAGGAUGUGCACAAGUGUCAGUUGUUCUCCAAUCAGACGACCCUGCUUUUGAGGAACUAUGUGAUAGUGCACUAAACUUUGAAAGGGGUGAACUAAACAAUUCCCCGGAGUUAAAGGACAGCGAUCUCUCAAUAAAAGAAAUAAAACGCGGGAGCUUGGUCAUCAUUUUCACUGUAAAGAAUGAUCAAACACUUGUGAAAAAUCUCGAAAGAUUAUUCAAUUGUCUUUUCAAAAUAGAAAAAAUAAACGAAGUGCUGGGCAAUCACAACCUCUGUCGCCUAGAAGUCUCGGGAUACAUCUAUGAUCCCCAAGAAUACUACCUCGACUAUGCAUCUGAAGAACCAAGUCUGCUCAACACAGCAGCGAAGUUUCACCUUUACUCACAUUUUUCAUGGAAAUUUGCUGAAUGUAUCUGUGACGUGGACUUUGUACUCACAGACCUUCUUUACAAUCUGUUGACCUAUAAUUUUUCAACAGAAGAAAACGACAGGAUUUUGAUUUUGAUCAAAGGAAGCAUAAUUGAUCCUGAGGACAUCGACUUUUCAUCAAUAAAAAAUAUCCUCCUAGACAAUGUGAAUGAAAAAAUAGAGACACUCAAUCUUGAAUUCAAACAGUUGGGUCAUUGUGAAAUUCAGAGUAUAGACACUAAAGAAAAUGAUAUGCGUGUCAUUUUUAAAACAAAAGACUGUUUGCAAUAUUCAGGGUUAUUUGCAGAAAAAGGGAUAAUAAUAUCUUUCCUCAAAACUUUUCUGAGAUGUGAGGAUGCUGAUGAUAACCCAUAUUUAAAUGUGCGAAUGAUGAGAAUUGGUUUAAUUGCUAAUACCACAUUGAUUCAACAAAAAUCAGAAAGGGGGAAAAGCAGUCUUGUUAUCGAAUUUCAACCUGAAUCAAAAGUAGCAAAGACAAUUGACACUGGUGCUCUCCCUAAAAUUCUUACAAGUAUGUUGAUGAAAUUCAGAGAACCAAACAUUGAACUGCCAGAGAAAAUGAAAAUUGAAGUGGAAAUUAGAGGACAUGCUUUACAAACAGAUGGAUUUUGUUCUCUUGAGGAAGAUGGAUAUUUGAAAUUCCAACAAUCAAUGGUUAACAAUCAUACAAGGAAAUUGGAAACUGAAAGUUCUGGUGAGGAUUCAGCUCUUGAAUCAGAAGAAGAAAGUUCACAUAAACUCCGGAAACUUAUUUCCUAUAUAGACCCUGAAUAUGAUGAUGCACAAUCAGACUCUAAUGACAGUGGUAUAGCAUCUAUUACCGACAGUCAGUUUUUGGAUAAAAAGCAGGAAACAACCUCAAAAGUGGUCUCUAAUACGAAUACCAACCUUGUCAUCAACGGCCUAGAAUUGUCUGAAGCUUGUUUAUCGCAAUUCCAAAUUAAUAGGAUAUCGAUUUUUCAUUAUCAAGAAUCUUUGCCUCCAAAAAAACUUCAGCAUCUAUUAAAGGAAAAUCCAACCAAGUACAAACUGUGUAGUCUUUAUAUAGAUUCUGCACACAAAGCUGUUUGUACGAAUCUAAAUUUUGCCGACGAAGUUAAAGAGAUACAAAUAUCAGGACGAUCAAAAUGCGGUAAAUCUUACGCGGACGACCACGUUGUAGUUGAAAUAUUAGGGAAAUCGAAAAUUCUACCCAUGGACCGAAAACGGAGAAAUGUCGAGUCUCUAUCAAAAGACACAAAUGUGUACGGUAAAGUGCUUGGUACAAUUAAGCGUAACCGUUACAAUAAAAUGAAACACCCGGUGUUAGUAUGUGCAUGAGAUGACUUUGGACUUCAAAUGGUAAAACCUUUAUGCAAAACAGUGCCAAAAAUUAAAGCAGCUCACAGGCACAGUAGCAAUCAAAUGCAAUUUGAUUUGUAUUCUUAUGAUGUGCAGCAAAAAACAGUUGAGUUUAAACGAAUUCUACCAAUUAACCGUGCGAGCAGAAAAUUAUGCUGCUUUUUAGUGGCAAUAAUUCAUUGGGAGGGCAUGUAUCCUUUUGGAAUAAUUUUAGACUGCAUAUCCACGAAAAAUGAUCCCCAGUCAGGGAUUGAUAUUUUAAGACUUCAGUAUCAAAUACCAGAUCAAUUCACAGAAGGUGCUGAGAAAUUAGUUUAUCGUAUACAAACAAAAAACAGGAAAGUGGCAUCAGAAUCAAACAAAUUUACACCUGUCUUUACAAUGAACGUUAAUAACGACAACAUCGCUGAGGUGGCCUAUAGCAUAGAAAAACUAUCAGGUCAUAAACAAAGAAUCGGCAUCCAUAUUGUUGACCCAACCGUAUUCAUAAAAAAGGAUGACUAUCUAGACAAAGAAGUUAGAAAGAGAGGGGUGCAAUACACUGUUGAUGGAAAGUUCGGAUCGGAAAUGAUUCCUCCCAAAUUAUGCAAUUUGAUAAAGUUCAAACAAAGUGAAAAGCGAAGAGCAAUAACAUUAUCUUUUACAUGUACUAUAGAAUAUGAUAUUGAUCGCGAAAGUAUUACUCUAACAAAAUCAAACGUAAUUUGUCAAAAUGAAUACACAAUCGACGAAGUUAAAAAUGUGUUGAAGAAACCUUCUGUGAAUCAAGAUGUAGCCACUUUGUUUUAUUUAGCUGAAAAGCUUCGAAAUAUUCGACUUGGCGAUGGAAGUUAUUUCUGCGAAUUAGAAUCAGGACUACGAAAUGAUAGUGAAUUUAUGAAGUAUAGAGACGUUCAUAUCAGAGUUCAGGAGUUGGACAUUUUCACAAACAAUACUUUAUCGGAUAUCGUAUCCAAAAAAUUUAGAGAAGAAAUGCCUUACCGCUGCCACGCUGCACCAGCUAUUGAGGUAAUAGAAGUAUGGAAUAAAAGUCAUGAAGACAUGGGUAACAUUCUGUGCCAUCUACAAGACUGUGAACCAGUGCCUGGUACUGGACAAAGAUGUUCCGUCUUUAACAUUGAUAAAGAAUUUAGAUACAGACAUCUCAUUCCUUUUCAAAAAAAUGUACGGAAGAUACUUAAGGAUCAUAUAAUUAACAAUCGAUUCAGUGAAGCUGAAACUAUUUUGGGAAUGGACGAAAUACACCCAUGGCAGUGUCUAGCUUUAGAAGAUUGGAUAAAUGUCCAAAGUUUAGCAGAGUAUAGAAUUGCAGCCAACCCACGCGAUCCUCUUCUUCAUUUUGCUUUAAGACUCCAUCAUUACAUGACAUUUACAAGCCCUCUUAAACGGUAUAUAGACAUUGUAGCACAUCGAUUUAUUAACGCAUUGCUUUCUGAUGAAUGUAGCCCUUAUUAUAAAAAUGAAAUUGAAAAAAUCUGUUCAGAAAUGAAUGAUUUUUUACUGCGCCGAAAACAAUUUUACAAUGGGUGUCAAAUUCUUUUAUGUGGGCAUGAACUUGUUCAGCUACCUCAGUUAUUCAAUGGAUAUGUGCAUGAAGUGUCCACUAUGGAUAUAGUUCUAUGUUAUCCAAGUCUUCGUAGGCUUCCGACUGUAGGCAAGAGAAUACCAUUGAACAUUCUUCAAACCAGAGAAAGACCAUGUUUCAUUCAAAGUAGAACAAUAAACCGGGAUAUACUAGAAAUGAGUUGGUAUAAUAGACUUUACUCAAUACAACAUAAACUUAAAAGGCAGCGAAAAGACAAUUGUAGCAUUCGGCUAAAUCCCUAUUCAACAAUAUCAUUUCAACAAAAGCAGCAGUGGAUCAAUCUUUUGAAAGCCUGUUUUAAAAGAAAAACAAAAAAUCUAAGGACUGAAAUCGAAAACGAGGUUACGAAAGACUUUGUAAAUAAUAUUCAAGAACACUAUAGUACAGUCGACGAUGUAAGUUCGGAAGAUAUUCUAGGCGUAGAUUCAACACAGACCUGCCGUUAUAGUUUAUCAUUCAACUAUGGACAGAUUGUUGGCGUGCAAAUUGCUGGUGAACCAGAUCAUGGAAUGAUGGCACCAAUGCCUCAGCUUUUAGAUUUGACAAAAAAUGUAAAAAUAUGUAUGCAGCAUGGCAGAGAACCAGUAAAUGUGCUUUGUGAAUAUGCGACGAAAACAGCGAAAGAGAGGUAUGAUUGUUGCAACGAAUACGUAAGAAUAUGGGUUCCAAUCCUAUCUAUGGAAAUAGCAACGCUAUCUGUGGAAGACGAAUCAUACACAAUCACAGAUUUACCAAUUAUAUUUUCAAAACGAGGUGGAUCAUUUCAACUAACAAAUGCAUUUUGUGAAAUAAGGGAUAUAAGUUUUACGGUACAUGCAACAGACUUUUUGGCAUAUACUGGUGAGGAAGAUAUUGCGAAAAAUGCAGAAAUACAACCAUUUUAUGUAUCUGGUUCAGAUUAUCUAUGUAUAAGGUGUGAAUUGAAGCCAGUACCCCAAUCGAAGUCAAAUUUUUUAAAUGGAGCAAUAUCUCCGAGAAAGCGUUUUUGGGUUGGUCACGCAAAAAUUGACGAUAUUCAGCGAACAAAAACACCGGAAGAUAUGAUUAAAGUUCAAUUUGUUUGUCACAAAAAGGCUCCCCGUAUACCUCAAGAAAUGAUGGGCAAAAAAUGCGAAUGCCAUGUUGAAAUAAUACCCAAAGUUGAAGUGCACAGACGAACGGAUAUGUAUUUGAAAUCUCUAAACAGAGCCUCUAACUUAGCCAAGGCAAUUGCUGAAAGGAAACCCGUUCCUCAGCUGGAUCAAGAUCGUGUACGAGAAGGGAAAUUGUUCUGUGGAAACGUAGACGAUCUACUUGGGCUCAAAUUGAAUCUUGAUCAAAGAAAAGCCAUUGAAAAUUCAGUGACUUCCUCUUUCAGUUUAAUACAAGGACCGCCAGGAACGGGGAAGACUUUCACUGGAGUUGUUCUUAUCAGUAUAUUUUGUUCAAUUAACAAAGAAAUAUGCGCCAAAGGAGGAAAGAAAAGAAUUGUACUGUUUUGUGGCCCAUCUAAUAAAUCUGUAGACCUUGUCACAGCUUACUUAAAAGAAUGUGAUUUUUCGAGGAAUUUAAAAAUUCUUCGCAUGUAUGGAAAGGCACUUGAGUGCCAUGAUUUUGUGAUUCCUGGGAAAGUGUUUUCAAAAAGGCGAUCCAAUAAGGAAAGCGUUCCAGAUAAAAAUUUGAGAGAUGUUACCCUUCACCAUAUAAUACGCAAAGAUGGAAAAACUUAUGCAAAUGAAAUUAAAGCUUUCGAUGACAAAUUCAAAGCUAAUCCCGAAAGAAUCCAUUUCAAAGAAAUCAAAAAUUACAAACAAUUAAUAGGAAAAGCUAUGAAAGAGGAAAUUCCUAAAUACGAUGUCAUACUCUGUACAACUGCUGUUGCAACAAGUGCUUCGCUGCUAGAUGCUACAAAAGGGUCUAUCUAUCAAGUUUUGAUUGACGAAGCUGGAAUGUGUACAGAACCGGAGUGCAUGGCCGUUAUAGCAGCAACAACGGCAAAACAAGUGGUUUUGAUCGGGGAUCACAAACAACUGCGGCCUGUUGUCAUAUGUGAAGAAUCUGCAGAGCUGGGACUUCAGAAAUCAUUGUUCGAAAGAUACGCAGAAACAAAACGUUCUUAUCUGACUUUUUUGAGCCUUCAAUACAGAAUGCAUCCAGGUUUAUGCGAGUUUCCUUCCAACAAAUUUUACGAAGGAAAACUGAGGACGGCUGAUUCUCCAAAAUGGAUGACAAAGACGCCUCUGGGCUUGUGGGCAAAUCCUAAAUAUCCCUAUGUGUUUUGUCAUACAGAGGGAGAGGAAGAAUACUUGGCAUACACUACGGAAGAAGGAAAUGAGAUGUCCAGAUACAAUUCUAAGGAAGUUGAACACGUGGUAUCAAUUUUUUCUCACCUUGUUAAAACGGAAAAAAUCAAUUGGGAGAAUAUAAACGUAAUGUCGCAAUACAAUGCACAAUGCCAUCAAAUCCGACUGGCACUGAAGAAACAUAAGUUUGAUUUCGUCAAUGUCAACACAGUAGUGGCAAGUCAAGGCGGUGAGUGGGAUUACGUCAUAUUCAGCUUGGUGAGGUCACUUCCUGAAUACAGAAUAGAGCCAGAACCAACUUUAGGGUGGUGUAAAGAAAACUUGGGGUUCAUCACUGACGAUCAUCAGAUCAAUGUUGCCUUAACCAGAGCUCGCAAAGGACUCUUCGUCAUAGGAAACCGAAAUCUUAUGGCAUGUGAAAAGGCAUUUUUGGAGGAAAUGUUGGAGCACUUUAAGAAAAACAAUUGUAUCGUUGAAGCUUCAAACUUUCUUCCAAAAAGUAGUAGCAAAUCUAAAACUCGUGUUACUUGAUUGAAAGUGAUAUAAGGACUGAAACGCACACGUUACUCAACAUGGAUGAAAGCAUAUUCAAUGCACAUACAUGUACCAUCAAGUUUAUAUUGCUAUCGAUGUUGAAAGUUUAUAUUUGAAAAAGUUAUGUCCAUGCACAACACGUUAUGCAAUGUUGAUUUAGGAAUUAACAUACGACGGCAUCAAGAAUAUUCAAUAAUGUACUGAAUUAAUCGUAUCUAUCCGUAACGUUAUCUUAGUAAUACAUGUAUUUAAAAAAAAAGGAUUAAUACAUACAGAUUUUUAAAAACUCUAAAUAUUGAGCAUAAAGCUAGGCGACCUGAUUUUUAUACAGAUACAUGUAUUCGUCUGGCCAAGUAACUGAUAGUCGCUGAAACCCGUGCUAGUCGCUGAAACCAAAAGGUAUGCGACUUGAGUCAAAGUCCUUUUGUGUAUGAUUUAUUCUAACUUAAUAUGGCAAACAAUC